AUGGCACUUCGGGGUCCUCGCCAUUUCCGAGGGGCUGCGAAGGUGAAAGAUAUUUGCUUCCAUCAUGAUCCACGAAGUGGUCAACUGUGCUCGGAUAGUGCAUGCUCGAAGCAACAUAUUGACACUUUGACGCAGGAUGCUGCAGAGCGAUUUGAUAGGGCUUGGAGGGCCUGGCAGACGCGGGAAUCAAAGGCCAAAGAAAGCGGCCUGCAGAAGCCAAAUGCGCCGGAGAAGUCGAUGCCAGCCGUUUGCUCAUCGAUGCCUUUGACCUCCGACCUGCCAGAGCCACCUGGGCUCUUCGAGGUGCCAUGGUAUUAUGACGAGAGAUGGCAUCAAAGAGCCAUGUCUGCUGGAAUGAUUUCCUCCUGCACCUUCCUGGCCCAUUCUAGUCUUUGGUCUUGCAUGCCCCGGUUGAGAAGAUAUAGAGAGAUCCAUCCGGUUCAGAGGCCAGUCUUUGCUACUCAGCUUGGCCGCCGUUGUGGGGAGCUGCUACAUUUAGCCCCACAUCCUGCGGUGAUUUGUGUCGAGAAACCAUACCUGGGUGGCUUUGUGGAAGGCUUCGCACAGACUGUGACAGGGGAGUUCAUUUUAGUGGUAGUAAAUGGAGGGGAUGCGCCUGUCACCGUUGACCAGCAAAGCAUUAUUGGCAAGUUGCCCGGGCUUGAGGCAUGUUUUGCAAUGAAUCUUCACAAAGCAGUGGACGCACGGUUUGUCCCGCUACCCAUCGGCCUGCCACAUCAUUGUGACGGCCUUCAUCGUGGCAACCUUCGCGCUGCAAGCGAAGCUGAAUCUUUGAUCCAGCAGUGCCGUGCGAAAGCAACUCCCUGGAAUUUGCGCAGCCAGCGUCUUUUGGUAACUCCUAUGCAGGCGAACCGCUUGCGUGAAAGGUAUUUAGAGCGACUGUCUUCGCCAGAAUUUGGCGCCCUGGUUCGGGUGGUCACAACCAGGCUGGAUUUCGCUGGUUUUCUAGCACUGAUGGCCGAGCAUCAGACUGUGUUGUCUCCUCCUGGCAGAGGUCAUGAUUGCUAUCGAACGUGGCAAGCUCUGGCGGUUGGGACCGUGCCUCUCGUUGUGGCAGACCCAUGCUUUGAUGAUCGCCUGUACACGAAUGCAGGAUUGCCGACAAUCCCUGGUCCAGAGGAGUUGACGCCAGAGCUGCUUGCCCCUUUGCUCCAGCAGGGUUACUACAUGGGACAUCUCAGUAGAUCUGGGGCCUUGGUCCUGCGAGGCAUUGGCUUGACUGCUGGCAUUGCGCUGAAAAAGUGGCGGAAAAAGGGAGAAAUUGAUUGCGGCUUGGUGUUGCUGACUGGGCAACGCUUGGACUCCCGUUUGCGCAGUGUGGAAAGUAUCGGUCAGAUGGUAGACAGCAUGAUGCUUGUGCAGAUUCUCAGUGGUGGACGCUACACGCCAAACGAGCAGGCCUCCAGCUAUGACCACGAAGCAGUCAUAGCAACCUUGACAGAGCAGCGAAAAGAGCUCCUUGGAGAAGUAGAGGACUCUCAGCCUUGCGGACGGCCACUUGAAGGUGUUGGUGGCCAGCUUCUGUCGAUGUGA